UCAAGUACAGCACUGGUCAUGAGAGUGUAUUCCCGAGCGAUAGCAGCGAAUCGGUGUGGAUAUCUUUUAUUCGAGUAAGCUUCAACUGGUGUAAUGAUCGUAUUCGGUGUAUAUUGGCACUGUUAGGUCCCGUUUAUAUGAUAAUAGUCGGCCAAUCCGUCGUUCUGUCGAUUCUAUCAGUUUUCGUGGUGCCGCGGUGCUUGAUACAAUAAAUCUACACAUUAUAACCUCUCGACUCUCGGCUACGUUGAUCAUCGAGAUACAUAUAUUGUUCUGAGAUUCUGCGUGUCUGGUGUUAGGUAACGAAAUUCAAAAUUAUCGUAACGGCACUGCGACUGGCGUCGAUGUAAACAUUUGUUCGAGCGCCGUUAAAAAAUCUGGUGUUUCUCCUCGUUCCGGUAGAAUCGCUCAGUCGUAAGAUGUCGAAGGUCGUUCUUUACUCGCAAAAUAUCAGUCCACCAUGUCGUGCGGUACUGAUGGUGGCGAACGCGAUCGGAUUGACGCUGGAAGUUCACGAGAUUAACUUGGCGAAUAGGGAGCAGCUGUCGGAGGAAUUCAUAAAGAUCAAUCCUCAGCACACGAUCCCGACGUUGGACGACGACGGUUUCAUACUACCGGACAGCCACGCUAUUAUCUGCUACCUGGUGGACAAAUAUGCCAAGGAUGAUUCCUUGUAUCCGAAAGACUUGCAGAAACGCGCGUUGGUCAAUCAGUUCCUUCAUCUCGACUCCUCGACGCUUUUCUCUAUAGCGAAGAGCGCUAUCAAACCGAUUCUUUUCUACAACGAAAAAGCGGUUCCCGAGGAGAAGAUGAAGAUGUGGAAGGAAUCGUACGACUACCUGAACAAAUUUCUGGAGGGUAAGAAGUGGCUCGUUGGCGAUUCUUACACUAUCGCGGACAUCAGCUGCGCAGCAACUGCGUCUAGUUCCUCCAUUCUGGUGAAUAUGGAUGAAUAUCCUAACGUAAAGGCCUGGUUGCAAAGAUGCGAGGAGGAACUUCCAGGCUACAAACAGUACAAUCUCGGAGGCAACAAUCAAUUACAGUCCAUGAUCCGCGCUAAACUCGCCUAAAACGAAGAAAAAUCUCUCGAACAAAUUGUACUUCAUAAUCUCCAUAUUAUUCUACUACACAAAACAGAAUAAUCAUUUGUGUGUGUGUGUGCCUGUGUGUGUUUUGUCAAUAAUCACACGCAUGUACAACAAAAGACUCGAUCAUUUGUUUCGUUUCCUUUUUUUUUUUGUUAAUAAUCAUACGCAUGUGCAACAAAAGGCUCGAUCACGAUAAAUCCAUAUCCUCCUAAAUUCAUUUUUUCCUUGCAAAAAAACUAGCAUGGACAGUCGUUGGUGAUAAAGGCGUAUUGUUCCAUGGACUGGCGUGCAGCUCAACGGUCGACUGCAGCUUUGGAUGCACUUUUGUCAACAGAUACGCUGUCGCGUAUCAUUUCGCCGGACAUGAUAUUUCCCGGAAGGGUAGAUAACUUGUGUAGCUGAUUAAACACAUGCUUAAAUCUGUUUUCCUACCUUGUUAUCGCUGGAAUACGUAGUAAACAAAGAUCGACACUCACCACUUCGAGAUUCCAAGAAG